AUGACUGAACCUUCUUACGAGGAUCUCGAGAAAGAGAUCUCUAUCGACGAUAUUGACUUCUCUGACUUGGAGGCAAAGUAUGCUGUAAAUGCUGAUCUUGGCUUGGAGACUUAUGUUGUGGUUGACGGUGCACCAAAAGCACCUCUGUCCAAAGCUCCUUUGUUGGAAAAAGUUUUGAGAAAGUUCUUGAGCAAGGCCGGUGAACUUGUUGAGGGCGAGGCAGGUGUUUUUCUUCCUAUUGAAGACAACAUGACCAAGGGUUACCUUUUCGCCCAGUUCAAAACCCCAGAGAUGGCCACAGCCGCUGUGCAACAAUUGAACGGAAAGCCUUUGGAUGCUAAACACAGAUUGUUUGUGAACAGAUUUUCCGACAUCGAAAAGUACUGUACUGAAGGUAGUGUUCCAUCAACGUUUGUGGAACCUGAAAUUCCUCCUCAAAAGUCAUUUGGUUACUUGAAGUCUUGGUUGCAAGAUGAGAGCGGAAGGGACCAGAUGGCCAUGCACUUUUCAGACACCGUCGGAGUUUACUUCAGUAACAAAAAGAACGAUCCAAAGGCAGUUACAGAGCCAAGAAAGGGUUUCACAUCGAAGUACGCCAAGUUUUCGCCAAAGGGCACAUACUUGUUUUCCAUUCACCCUCAAGGUGUCCAGUCUUGGGGCGGAGAGAAGUUCGAGAAGAUUAACAAGUUCGUGCACCCGCAAGUCCGCUUAAUCGAUUUCUCUCCUAGCGAGAAAUACAUGGUUACAUUGUCUCCAACUGGUAUUACAGCACCAGAAAGUGCUGCGGAGGCCAAAGAAUUCCCCUUCGGACCUGAGUCAGAAGGCCACAAGUUGGUCAUUUGGGACUUGGCGACUGGGGAACCAGCUAGAACUUUUGCUUUGCCACCUCACUUGGAAGACCAAAAGGAGAUGCCAUGGCCACUCGUCAAAUGGUCGUUUGACGACAAGUACUGCUGUCGUCAAGGUCCUGAUGCUUUAGCUGUGUACGAAACUCCAAGCUUUCAAUUGUUGGACAAGAAAUUGGUCAAGGUUGAUGGUAUUGUUGACUUCGAAUGGGCUCCUGCUGGUGUUAAGCUUUCGGGCUCGAGAGAUGAAGAAGGUGAACACAUCUUGUCUUACUGGACUCCAGAGACUCCUAACUAA